CGCAUAAUUUCUACAACACAUUCUAAAGAACAAAAUUGUAAGCUUCUGAAAAUUCUUUUUACGCACUACAACAAAAUAGGAAAUUUACCUCGGAUAUGGACCUUUACACAACAAAUAUUUUAUCUUUCUUAAACUAAAGUUAUUGCAACAGCAAUAUCCUGUUUUUCCAGGAAAUGGUUAAAAGCUCAGCUGCGUCAACUAGCGAUCGGAGAAACGCAGCAAGGCAGGCGGUUCAAAAUGGAUGCGCCUAAAGUUUCUGUUUCUAUUUCGUAAAUCGAGGCUGCUUCUUCACCCCGCUGCGUUCGUUAGCUGGUAAAAUGUCGGACAGCAUGGCGAUUUGUUAAUGUGAGGCCAACUUUUAGCGCGAGUGAAAAAAUUAUGAAAACAAACUGCACCCUCAAUCGACGGAGGGUUGGUGACUUUACAGUCCUUCCUGGUUACAGAACACUUUUUUUUCACAGAAUGAAAUAAUUACAUCUGGGAACGCUUCUAGGUCUCGCCUGGUGGAAUAAUUCAUUGACAAUUAGAUGUGGCUAUAACAGCUCCUUUCCAGUUGUGGCAAAUGCCCUUUGAUUCAAUCCCUUUUAAGGACUGAGCAAUGCCGUAUUUCAAGAGGAAAAAAGCGAGAAGACUAACCAAAGGUCUUUUUGAGCCGGUAUCUCCAGGUUCUGGAACAUUCCAGAAGCGCAUUCUCCCCGUGCUGCAGAACUCGUACUUGGACGCGAAGUCUAGGGGCUGUUUUCGAUACAGCGGCACCCAGCUGGUCAACAAUGCUGCCCUGCAGAGAGAUUACCAGGCCUUCCAUGCUGAGAAGAGGGAGAGGGGAUACACAGAGGAGGAGCUGGAAGAGUCAUUUGGCUUCCUGCUGUUUGACCAGCAAGAGAAGGCUAAGAAAGUGUGUGAGAACGGACUGCGGGUUGGACAUGGAGCGUGCUCCACAUUGGGAGACCCCUCUAAAGGUGUUUAUGUCUGGAAGCACUCAGACUGCCUGGACUGCAGUUCCCUCCGCCACAGCACGUCCGGCUUCAUCGUCAUCCUGAGGCUGACCAAGGGCAGAGUGAGGCCGGUGAGGGAGAACCACACCCAGAGCUUCACCGCUCCCACCACGGGGUUUGACUGCCAUGUGGUGGAGCCAAUCAGCGAUGAGCCCGCCCCUGGCUCCUUCCCUCCCGAGUGCAUGCAGUACUACCUGUACGAGCUGAGCGGGCCGGGGGAAGGCGUGGCCGCGCGUCCCAGACACGUCCUGCCGUUCGCGCUCGUGGCGUUCUCUUACAGAGGGGCGGCGCCGCGCCCGUCCGCCCCGCGGGCGACCAGCAGGUCAGAGAGGCCAAGUAAGCAGGAAGUGGAGCUUUUACCCGGUCAUAUUACUGCGUUCCAUUGGCACCCAUGGAGUGGCCAGCUCCAGAUAAAGUCUGUGGUUUACCACGUGGCCCUGAAGUCUAAUACUGAACCUGAGACCCCAGCAGCCCUCCCUGCUGUGUUGGUGGUGGACAGGGUCAUGAGCGUUUCAGCCCUAAGGGAAGUCUUACCGCUCGGCGUCUUUGAAGCCCGCUGUGGCAGAGAAGUUUCCCUGGAGGGCAAGUGUUGCAGUCUGUACGAGGUGGUGACAUCACUGGCCCAAGACUCCUCAUUGGCUCUGCUGACCCUGGAACUAAAACAGAAGGAACUGGCCCUCGUGCUGCAGUUGGACGGCUGCGGGUUGCUUGUGCUCUUGAGCUCCUCGAACUUUCUGACGUAUCAAGACCCUCUGUUAGGAAAGACGGAGAUUCUCCUGGCCAUGUUUGUGUUUCCGGACUCAGCUGUGCAGAAAGGUUUGGAGAUCCAGAGAUCCAGGACUUCCCUUUCGCGAAACGUGCUGCAGGUCCUCCCAGGCCUGAACUACGCUGAGUCUGAGAUUGAGAAGUGUCCUCCAAAGCAGCAGGGGUCACUGUGUGAUCUGGUGGAGCAGCACCUGCAAAGUUAUGCCACCGUAAAGCCGCCAGGGAUUCCUGACAACCCCUCCAACGAGGCUGGUUGGCUUCAAGAACAGUAUGACGCACCAGAGACGCUAAGCCACUGCAAUAGUGCCCCCAAGUGUGGGGCGGUGGCAUUGCAGCGCCUGCAGGGCUAUCUGGGCCAGCCAGAGGCCUAUGCCCUGCCUGUGGUCAAAACUAUGGAGCUGUUGGCAGUCAGAGGGGAGGAGCGAGGAGACGAUGCCUGCUGUUUUCUCCCGCCCCUGGAAGAGAUCCCGCCAGGGGGUGCCAAUGCGGUGACUGAGGACCAUGGGACGCCUGGCGCUGCCGCGUUGACCUGCGCUAAGCCUCGCUCUGAGGCACUGGGGACUCCGACCGUGCCCAUGUCGGGUGAUCCGCCCAUGGACCACAACUUGGUCAUCAUCAGGGAGGGAAGAGUUUGGACAUCAGGCCUCGUGGCCAAAAGCAUCGUCGAGCGUCGAGGGAGCGCUGCUGAGUCCACUGGUACGGUCGGAUUUCCGUGUGUGCAAACCCAGCUGGCAGUCAAACCUGCAACCUCAAAGAGGCGGAGCAGUAAGAGGAAGAAGGUUUCACAGCCUGCCAAUCCGAAGAGCCUGGGCCAAGGUGGUGGGAUUGAGGGCCAGCCGGUUAUGGCUCUGCCGCUCCCUCCAAAGAGGAAGGGCUUUGGGUAUGGCCUCAAAACCAUCAUCACAGACUGCGGAAGGAUGUUCAUCCCCCACGGCUCAGAGAUCCUCCCCAGGGACAUUGCGUCACUCGCUGAGAGGCAGAGGGUCGUGACUUGCUCUACUGAGGAAAUGGGGUCUGCUGGAGCGCCAGCCGUGCCUGCCGAAACAGCUGACCAACCGACCCCGAUCACAGUAUCAGCUGACCAACCGACCCCAAACACAGUAUCAGCUGACCAACCGACCCCAAACAGUGAGACGGCUGACCAACAGGCCCCAUCCAUGCAUCCAGCGGACAGACUGGAGACGGGGUUACCAGUGGUCUCUCCUCCUGCAGAAGACAAUAAUAUAAACAACAGUGAGACCAAAAUAAUUCCCGAUAAAAUUAAUGCAGGUGAAAUUCAAGGGUCCAAAGCCUUAAUAUCGUUCAAGGAACUGAGAACAGUUAUUCAACAUAUAAAAAGAAAAUUGAAAUGUCCAGAUCAGAUGUUGGACAAUUUUGGGGCCAGUUUGGCUGAUGAUGAACCUCAACAGAAGAAGAGCAAGAGCAACAGUCCCGUGGCCAACGAGACGCAGGGCUCUAAAAUCAGCUGUAGAAAGGACGUUUCCCCAAAGGGAGCAAACGUCCCGCAGCUGUGUCCCAAAAUGGCAGACAGCCCCGGUUCAGACCCAACACUGUUGGGAAAACCGCAGAGGACAGAUGGACAGGAUGGGGCACAACCGAGGAGAACCUCUCCCAGGAGGCUGGACCUCCCAAAGUCCUCCCUGCCGCCUGAACAAACACUGAAGAUCCAAGCUCCGCCCACCACCCCAGCAAAACCAGUGAAGCUCAAGCCAUUCAAAAAACAACUGAGAAGCAGGAUUAUUGACAGCACCACAGAGAAUGACUCAUUGAAUAGCGACAGUCCUGCUUCCCAGUACUGUGCAGCGAUAGGCCAGUCCCAAGAGUUUAAGCCCGAUGGGCACCGGGUGUCCCCGGGUGGGGUAUGCUCAGGUGGGGGGAGCCCUGUUCCCGAGCAGGGUUCCACCAGUGCUGGCCAGCCUGCUGACGCUCUCACCUUGCUAGCUGAUUUGGCCCUCAGUUCCAGUAGUGACAAUUCUCCAACAGACCUCAGCCCGGCCCUGGAGUCAGAUCCCUCGGCAAGAGACGGAAGUCCUGCCAAGCGGCCCCUCCCCCUCAGGUCUCCUGCCCCUGAGGGCCUGGUGGUGAGCGGGGAGCUUAUUUCGAUCAUCUCCUUGGAGCACAAUUACUCAGCGCCCCCCUCCUGUAUGCUGGGUUCGAUGGGUGGGCCCCGACAGCUCCAGAGCGUUGCGGACACCUCGCCCCCAUCUGCCCAACCGGGCCCUCUGGGUCAGGACAACACAGACCAACUGAAUGUAACAAGUCGUUUGCCCGGCAACCCAUCCCCGCAGUGCCCAGCUGCAGAACGGCGGAAGCGGGGUUCAAAAUGGGCCCGGGACAUUGUCCAAGUGGGUGAAACAAUCCGUGUGACGCGACCGUGGAAAGACGAGUACAAGUUUGGUCACGACAGCAAGUACACCAAUGAACCUGUGGUAAAGGCUGUCAUGCGGGCCUUGCAUGGGCCGUGGGAUUUCGGCUUCGAGGACACUACGGAACAGUCGUGUCUGAUCCUGCACACCUGGAUCGGCCUGUUCUACAGCAGGUCCACCACCAGGUUCUUCCAGACCGAUCUGAACAGGCCCCUUCUGGAGGGCCGCCCCCUCGCUUUGAAGGCCCGAAGGAAGUCGCGGACUAAGGAGGCGACGCCCACCGGGUUGCCCGACUCCGAGGUUCUUCAGGACGCUGCUGAGAUACAGCGCUGUGCUCCGCCUCCUGCUGCUCCUCCACCUCCGGAGGAGGAGGUUUUGGACCUGAGGGAGCCGAGCAAGAAAAUGGCGGAUCCCCCGCAUCCUUUGCCGGAGGUGUUGGAUCUGUCACGGAAACGUUCGGAGGCUUUGGACCUUUCCAAGCACAGCAGUGAGACAUGUCCUCAUGGCAGCAACCAGAGAAUUUUACCAAAAAAUUCUGUGGUCCCUUUACCGCCCCCAACACUGUACAACUGCACCUACAUGUAUGCGGUCCCUUUUCCCUCUGCAUACUCCCAGUUCAUUCGCAAGGAGUACAGAUCAAGCACUGACAACAUGUCAGAUGAUGGAGGCGAACAGAGAGAUGAUGGCAGCAUUUUGCAGGAAGACGAUGGCGAGGAGAACUACGACUCUGGGUUCCAUCAGCCCUUGAGUAAUGAUGAUAUUUACGCUCAGAUGUGUGAGCGCACUGCAAGUUUGCGCAUCAGCAAAGACACAUUAUUCAACGGGACACGCAGAGUUGUGAGACAAAUGAGUGUUGGGACCUUGCGUUCUUACGACCCUUUGCAGUCACUUGACAUAGAAAUGAACAGGAGGACCAAGAGGACUAAAGAAGGCUCUCCCUGCAUACAGCCAUGCAGGCUUUCCAAGGUCUGCUGCACAACAGCUGAAACACUUCAGCCAAUCAACAUCUGCCACACAACAGCUGAAGUGCUACAGCCAAUAGGUGCCUCCGACCAUGAAUCCGAAGGAACUGUUGUUACAGACGGGGGUGAUGGGAGUGAUUUCAAUAAAGGGAAGGAACUCACAGCAGUGCAUAAUGGGAGUGAUUUCAGUAGAGCAGAAGCAUGCACAGCAGUGCAUGAUGGGAUGGAUUUCAGCAAAGAGGAGGCAUGCACAGCAGUGCAUGAUGGGAGUGAUUUCAGCAAAGGAAAGGAAAAUACAGCAGUGCAUGAUGGGAGUGAUUUCAGUAAAGAGGAUGCAUGCACAGCAGUGCAUGAUGGGAGUGAUUUCAGUAAAGAGAAGGCAUGCACAGCAGUGCAUGAUGGGAGUGAUUUCAGUAAAGAGGAUACAUGCACAACAGUGCAUGAUGAGAGUGAUUUCAGUAGAGCAGAGGCAUGUGCAGAAGUGCAUGAUGGGAAUGAUGUCAGUAAAGAGGAUACAUGCACAGCAGUGCAUGGUGAGAGUGAUUUCAGUAAAGAGGAUACAUGCACAGUAGUGCAUGAUGGGAGUGAUUUCAGUAGAGCAGAGGCAUGCACAGAAGUGCAUGAUGGGAGUGAUGUCAGUAAAGAGGAUACAUGCACAGAAGCACAUGAUGGGAGGGAUUUCAGUAAAGGGGAUGCAUGCACAGGCAUGCAUGAUGGGAGUGAUGUCAGUAAAGAGGAUACAUGCACAGAAGCACAUGAUGGGAGGGAUUUCAGUAAAGGGGAUGCAUGCACAGGCGUGCAUGAUGGGAGUAAUUUCAGUAUGGAUGAAGAAUUCACAGCAGCGCAUGAUGGAAAUGACAUCAUUGAAGGGGAGGAGCACAAAGUAGUCUGUGAUUUAAUUGAAAUGCAUGAUGGAAGCAAUGGCAGUGGGGAAGAGAUGCCUACAGCAGUAUUUGAUGACAGGAGAGAUUCAGUUACUGAGAUGCAAACAGCACUUUCUAAUGGGGAUAAGUCCGGCAACGUCAUUGACGUGGGGGAAAGCGCCAGUGAAAAUCGAAGUCCUACCCCUACGCUCGACGAAUUGCCUUACGAGCUCAACCUCUGUCUAAGUGACAGCCAAAGUGGGACUCCUGUGUAUGACUGCUUAAAGAGGGAAGCACGUGGGAGUAGAAGUGAUACGCCAACGCAGGAUGAGUUACCUGGCGAGCAUGGAUCUUACAGGUACGACCACUUCUCUGUGCCGACAGGAGAUCUGUUGAGCAGCAGGGUUGAUCCUGUUGGCUCAAACAGCGAGGCUGAUUCCUCCGCUUACCUGCCUCAAAGUGCUAAUAUACCGUGUCCCAGCAGCAUGCGCAUGAGCCCACCAAGAGCACCGUCCUCUCUGGAUAAGCCAUUUUCCCACAGCAGCCCUGUUUCACCCCAGGUUUCAGAGGAGAGUCGGGAGCCCCAGCCUCUCUCUGAAGACGCACCCAACCUCAACAGUAGCACAUCCUCUGAAGAAGUUUCAGUCUGCUCAGAACCCAAGUCCAUUAAGGCCACGCAAUUCUUCAGGCCUCACAGCUGUGAAGAACUACGCACAGCUAACGAAGAAGGCAUUACCAUAUCGAAAGAGAAAGAUCUUCCUCAGAGUUUGGACUCGCCGUGCAGGAAUCGCAAAGCUGUUAGCCAAAGCGAACCUACGGCAGGUAGCCAGAGCCCCACACGCAGUGAGCUCAGCCUUGGUCUCAGCUGCAGCCAGGUGUCCGAAGCCAGCCCUCAGCAUGAUUCUAUUCUUCCAUCGAAGGAUGACUCAGCAAUUUGUCACAGUGAGCCAGCCGAUAAUGGCAGCGAAGUCAUGACUGCUGAGGAUGAUCACGGUAGCGAUCCACUACGGUCUUUCGACGCUGUCCUCCCACCCAGUCCUUACAUUAGGAUUAGCCCUGCAGAGAUCUCUCCGUCCCGUUCAGCCAGUGACGGCACCUCUUCAGAGGGCCCUAAAGCCCUUGAGGACUUCCAGCAGAGUCCCCAAAGAAUGUCAUCAGACAGCAAAGAUGUAAACUUACUAAACAGUAGCUUAGAAGUGGUUCCAAAUGGUAAGCUCCAUCUUUUGAAGCAGAACUCUGACUAUGAACCAUGUCACUCAGUAACCAGUUCCCAAAGUCAGUUACAGGCUGAUUGUUCGCAUCAGCCACACCAACCUUUUUCAGAUGGGAAGGAUAUACCUGCAGAUGAGUUACCCGACCAUUCCAAACCCAUCUGCCAGACCAAGCGCAGUGACUCUCCACCUGGCUCUGGUUCCGACAGCGCUUGUCCCUCAAUGGUAGGCUCAGUUUACAGCGAACAUGAGAUUACGGGCACCUCUGCUCCCGUAGGAAGCUCACAGCACGUUGAUCGAAGUUACGAAAAAAGCAUCAGUCCUGCGUCUUGCAGGUCCCACACGCCUGCCGAGCGGCUGGGCGAAUCCGGCAGGGCUUGCGGAAGCCAAGGAGGAAGUGACGCCAGCCUGGCAACGGACAGAGGGAAAACGAGAAGCCCUGUAAGUAUGGAGGAGUCCUCUGAUCCUGCUGCUCAACACACGGCAACAGAGGGCUUCAGUGAAAGCUUUGCCCUGAAAGAGGAAAAAGACGAGGAAGGGUAUAAUAUGAUGGGGGACAGAGAGAGUGUGAGCUCUGGAGACUUCUCUGAUGCUGUUACAGGAGAGGAUGCGGGAGGAAGUCCCGUUGGCGAGGAUUCUUCUGACGAAGAGGAAAUUGAUGAAGCGUUGGACUACAGCAAGGCUGGCCCACUUAGCCUCUGCUCUGCUCGGAGUGAAGGGACGGGCCGGAGCUGGGCCUCGUGUUCAGCUCCCCACAAGGUAAAGGACACUGCAGAAAGGGAACGGUCUUCUUAUUGUAGAGGUGGGAGAAAAAGUUCCAGUCAAGAUUGUGUGCCGAUGGAAGAGGAGGAGGAGGGUGAAAGCUCAGUUGUCAGACCAUCCAUCUUCACUGUGUUGGAUUGCCAAGGAAACCGAAGGACUUACGAAAACUACCCCAUCACCAAAACGGUGUGGAACGAGCCCGUCGGGGCUGCUCAGAACAGCGGCGCGGGGAGCAGUCACCUGCUCGGCUUCCUGCAGAAAUGGGUGGAGCCUCAACACGCGCAGCCCGACCUCACCCAGUCCUCCCUGGACCUGCAGUACCUCAUGUUCUCCGAAAAAAUGAACCAGAUUCUCAAGAAGCACCAGCCGGAUGCCGAACGCCGUGGUUCCGCACACCGCUACCCGUGGCGGCAGCGCUCCUCGGCCGACGUGGACAGCGCCCCCUGUGGCAGCCCUGCGACAUUGCAGUUUCCCGGCCCUCGGGACUGCAUCUCAGAGGAGUCCACCAGCAAGCGGAGAUUAAAGAGGGAUAAGCGUGAACGCGUGGGGCUUCAAGCUCCCGAAGCCAGUCCUAGCUGCUACCCUAUAGAUAGUGAAUCGCCCCAGCGUCUCAGGAGGCUGACUCAUUUCAAUAGCUUUCCCGAGUCCUGUCCUGCGGUCUCGAACAUCGCCGUCGAGUGCGCCCAGUCGUACCGGGCCAUGAUGAACGAUGUCUGCUCGGGGAAGCAACCCCAGCAUCGACCCAGCCGGCUCCAGAGGGAAGGGACCACACAGCCGCACAGAAAGGACUCCUGUAAGCAGAUAAAGGAAGUCUGUGCCAUCAGCCCACACCGAAACCUCAACGCUGCCAACAGGCUGUCCUGCAAAGACAAGUUCAGGUUCUACAUCUUGGUGACAUCUACAGACGCCUUCUUUGAACAGACAAGGGAGCUGUUGGAGGCGGAGGGUCACGAGAGCGUGGAGCCCGAUCAGUUUGACCUCGAGAGGCGAAGCUGUGCCUCCGCCCUCCUGGUCAUGCUGCGGAACGAGGACAUCGCCGAGCACAUCAGCAGGAUUCCACGCCUGCUGGAGCUGAAGAGGACCCCCGGAGUGCUGUUUGCCGGGGUGGACCGGCCCGAUGACGUCCUCAACCACACGCAUCAGGAGCUGUUCAGAGAGGGGGGGUUCACCGUGUGUGACGCAGACGCGCUGCGCUCCUUCACUUUGGGUGAGCUGCAGAGGCUGGUGGGGCUGCUGGAGGAGCUGAGUGAGCGGAGCCGGUGGAAGUGGCUGCUGCACUACAGAGACGAGCGAGAGCUGAGGGAGGGGGCCAGGUGGAGCUCGGGGGCACGGCGUCUGAAGCAGGUUGUGGACCGUUGCCAGGAGGCGGGGCUUGCGGAGGUCAUGCCGUAUCACGAGUGUGAUGUCAUCUCUCGAGCCCGGCCCGACUACCUGAGCUGCCUCCUUCGCCUGCAGGCUCAGCGCGCCACAGUCCGCUUUCCCGUCUUCAUCACUGACACACCUGAAGUUUCGUUUGAGAAAUGUGGGAUUUUAGCCAUGAACCUCAACACCUUUUCACCCGUUCACCUUUCCCUGAACUCUGCUGCUCCAGUUGAUUUUUAAGAGCACAACCUGUAUUCAACUUCAGCAUAGUUACUUAUACCAUUCACCUUACCGUGCCUUUUGAUUUCCCCUGUUGUAAAAAGCAAGAUUUGUUAAUAUUUAUGUUGAUUAUAUAUUUUAUUCUUUUUACCUGGUUAAUAUCAGGCAGGAAAGGGCAACUGUUUAUUUGGCAUAAUGUUGGUUUUAUCCGGGUGUGUGUACCUGCGGCAGUGCUAAAUUGUACAUGUGUUUUGUUACUGUGAAGGACUUCUCUACAUAGUUUUUUUCACUAAUGUACAGGGUACCAGGGUAUUUUUAUAAAACAUUACCAAAUCUUAGGUACGGACAAGGGAUCGUAUUGGUAUUGUUCAUUUGGCUACAAGCCAAGUUUCUCCUGCAAUAUAAUGUGUUUCUAGAAAGAGUUCUGUGAUCUAAUUCACACACAUUUUUUAGUUCAGUGUACUGUAAUUUCACAGAUAUUUAUUUUUUACAUCUUACAGAAUUCAUGUUGCUGUAAAUAAUUUGCUAGCCUGCAGUUAGGAAAAAAUGUGCACUUUUGAGCACCAGGAUGUGCUGAUUGGACACUCACCUGUAAGCGGCUGAAAAGAUCUGAUUGGAUGGAAUAAUACCCAUGCGCAGAAACGACUGCACCUGAUUGGACGGGUGCACUUCAUCACCUGAGGAGUCGAUCGUUUGUGCUGCUGCAGGGGUGAUGAUGUUCUCUGUGGGUGUCACGUACUACAUUUUGAAUGCACACCAUGGGGAUUAUUUACACAGCUGUCCACAGGUGUGGGGCCUUCUGUUCCCUGUGGUGUGUACGUCUGAUGCUUCUGACAGGGGAAAUCACUUGUGUGUGUUUUUUUUUCUCACUGUGGAUGUGCCCAGGACGCUCAGGUCCUGUUUCAGUGGCAUGUCGGUGAUAAAUAUAGUACAUGUUCGAAAACUU